AUGUUGUCGGAUAAUCACAAAGAUUCAAUGACUGAUGAUAUAUUGUAUCGACAUCGUACAAGGCGCAAUGAUCUAACGAUAUCAUUCAGAGAUGCAAUGUACAAUGAAACAUUUAUUGCUAUCGAGGAUCUUUGCAUUGCUAUUGUGAAUUUGCCAAUCAGUCAUUUCGGUAUGAGCUCACCGAAUCGAAGUGCAUCUGAUUUACUCAACACAGAUAUCAAUCGUGAACUACAGUACGAUACUGUAGAAAUCGCAGGCAUUGUUAGACGCAAUGUUCCACUACUAAAUGACGAACAAAAAAUUAUUUACGACCGCAUCAUGCUGGCAGUUUCAGCAGGACAAGGAGGGUUCUUUUUUUUGGAUGCACCAGGUGGAACUGGCAAAACAUUCCUUAUUUCGUUACUUCUGGCCGAGAUACGUUCCAAAAAUGACAUCGCAUUGGCCUUAUGUGGCUUAGAUUUGGAAACACCAUGCAUUUCCCACGGACAACUAUAUGUGGCAUGUUCUCGCCGCAUUAUGGACUCCGCCGAACAGGCCGCUCUCUCCGAAUUGGAAUCACAGAACUCACACAGUACUUCCGCGACAAUAAACAAUCAGCACUACGAUGCGCGUCGCAUUAACGAAUACAACUCGGAUGGUAAAUUGGCGGAUGGUGCAAGGCAUAUGGACAUACGUUUUAUGCGUCGUUUCGAGCGAUUACCCGUCAAUCUCAGUCUCAGUUCCAUUUUAGUGCCGAAUUCUGUCUCGCUUGACGAGCCUGAUGUAAAGUCAGCACUUCAGUGGAGCGCACAUCUCGAUCCACUCUUUCAAAACAAUCUUGAACGCGAUCCAGCGCUCUCGUGGCAAUAUUUCGGCUCAUCAACUGGUUUCUUACGUCGUUUCCCUGGCACUGCUUGGCCACCCGAGGGUUCGAAGGGCAGCAAACAAAUACACGACUUUCGCGCACAAAACUGGUUCGUACAAGCCGCAUCGUCACCAAAAGAUAUUAUGAUAUUAUUGGAUUCUUCGUCGAGCAUGUCGGACAAAUCUUUCGAACUCGCUAUGGCUACAGCUUUUAACAUACUUGACACGCUAGGUGAGAACGAUUUUGUCAACUUGAUUACAUUUGCGGAGGAUGUCAAAACGCCGGUUCCGUGCUUUAAGGACCGCAUGGUACGUGCCACUCCAGACAAUAUACAGGAAAUCAAAUCCGCAGUAAAAGCAAUUAAGCUCGAAAAUACCGCCAAUUUCACAGCUGGUCUGGAGUAUGCGUUCAGCUUGCUUCACAAGUACAAUCAAUCCGGCGAAGGCAGUCAAUGCAAUCAAGCUAUUAUGCUCAUUACCGAGAGUACUUCGGAAACGCAUAGCGACAUAAUCAAACAAUACAAUUGGCCUCACAUGCCCGUACGAAUAUUCACCUACCUUAUCGGUUCCGACUCGAGUAGUCGCAGCAAUUUGCAUGAAAUGGCCUGCUCCAAUAAAGGUUUCUUCGUACAAAUCAACGAUAUGGAUGAUGCACGCAAAAAGGUUAUCGACUAUGCGCUGGUUAUGGCACGUCCCAUGAUAAUGUAUCAGGCCGAUCAUCCAGUGCACUGGAGUCCAGUCUUCGUUGCUGGCAAGACUGGUGGCUUGGCGCGCGACUCUGACUACCAGCGCAGGCUGGUGACGACAGUUUCAACUCCGGUCUUCGAUAGACGAAACCAUUCGGUGCGUGUGGCAAAUUUACUCGGUGUUGUUGGCACCGAUGUGCCCAUCGAGGAGAUACGUAAGAUGAUACCGCAACAUAAAUUGGGACCGAAUGGAUAUUCGUUUAUCGUUGAUAAUAAUGGGCGUGUACUGUAUCAUCCAGAUUUGCGUCCACUGAGUGAUGGUAAUCAAUAUAUUGACCAGUUGCGGCCGCGGUACACGUCAGUCGACGUAACGGAGUUGGAACUGCCGGAAACCGAAGUGGGCAACGAGCAUGAAAUUGUCGAAAUGAAUAAGAAUCUCUUAUACGAUAUGCGCAAUGAUAUGCUCAUGCCCAAGGAGGGUGAAACCGAAUUCACGGUAUUCAAUCACUUUGACGAAAUGAAACGAGUGACGGCGCGUACACAAAGGUAUUUUUAUGGACCUAUUGAAGAUACGCCCUUUACCUUAGCUGUUGUACUCCCUGAAAAAUAUGGCAGCCACGAAUUGGUCUCCCAACAGGAAAUAAGGCACUCGCGCAGAAAUGUGACCGAGUACUUUAAGGGAGACAGUUGGCGCGUACAUCCCGACUGGGUGUAUUGUGAGUACAAUAGUGUUAGCGAUUUAGAGAAGGAGCGUGAAAGCUCUGGCGAAUAUCUCUCAGCCUCACGUGAACAAGAAUUAAGUUUCGGCUCACCGGAAGAGCAGGUCUUACAUUUCUUGGGACGUGCAGGACGGCCAGGCUGGAAGUGGAUGUCGGUGCGACCAAAACCACCGCAACCACACCAUGCCAUGCAUGGCGUGACACCUGUCGGCCAUUUUGCUCAGCAUCUAAAUAACGUGCAAGGUUCUCGCAAAGCCGAACCUUACUAUUGCGAUCGAACCUUGGUACAGAGUUUAGUGCGUGAUGCUAUGGUAACCGAUGGUCUGGAUCGAAAUUCAACUGGAACGUCCAAUGGAAAGGAGGAUAAACAUCCAAUAGCCACUUUAAUGGCAAUUUUAAAGAGACAAGGCUAUCAAAAGUUUUUGGUUGCAACAUCUUUUGUGGCCACACGUUCGGGUCUACUACGUUGGAUUGAUCACAUCAAAAGACCUGAAGACUCACCUGAUCCCCAUUUCAGUGAAGAUAACGCACGUGCCAUGGAUAUGCCGUGGUACAAACGCGCCGUGGACCAGCAUACCGUCGAACAAGAUAGCUUUGUCUACAGUGUACCCUUUGCCAAUGGAUAUGCACCCAAACUAAAUACGACGCUUGUAACCGCAUCGCAUGCUAUAUUUGUCGAACAUCGUGGCCACAAAGCUAUAGCCGCGGUCGUGGGACUACAAUUUCAGUUGGACUCGCUGGCGAAACAUUUCAUAAACAUAACCUCAACCUGCACCGGCAUGACAGGUUGUCGCCGCACAUGCGCUUCCGACGAUCUUGAUUGCUAUGUUUUGGACAACAACGGCUUUGUGAUCAUUUCCGAGCAAAGUGAACAAUCAGGCAAAUUUUUCGGUCAAAUCGAUGGUACCAUCAUGGAUUCCUUGGUACAGGAUCGCAUUUACAAACGUGUCACGGUCAAUGACUAUCAAGGCGUUUGCUCUGACUCUGACAAUCCAUACACGGCUGCAAGCACUUCACUACAACCACAUCGUGUCUCCACUUUUCUAAUGAAAUAUUUGGUAUCGUUGAGUGCCACUUGGUUAUCGCUAUUGCCAACACCUCUAAACGCAUGGCCACAAGAUGAUUAUACCUAUAAUGAAGAUGUCUUUGAAGAACCCACAUAUACGGACGAGUACGAACCUUUCGAGGAUUACAAUGCACAGAUCGAUGAAGAAAUGGAUGAGUUCUUCACCACCGCUGAUGUGGAAUACACAACACCAGCCCCUAAGCAACAUAAGCCACACACCGGACCACGCGCCUCUCCAGACCCUCAACAUGCACGCCGCUGCGAUCUGCGUACAGAUCUAUACAUGCUGCAGCCAGAACGUCUCAACCAAGGUGGACAAAACAAUCCGCUUAAGGGCAAGCUGACAAAUUGCCAUGUAUCCGGUUGUGAACGCCCCUUCAGCGUACAAAAAAUACCACAUAGCAAUCUGAUACUAUUAGUGGUGGAUACACUAUGUCCUUGCGGCUCCAAACAGUUGGAUAUUGAACCACUUGAGGAGUCCGGUACUAUUGGCGCCUGCAGCGCGCGUCGCCAGUCGCAGGAGAGUGCAAAGCGUCGCCGACCCAAAAAAUGCAUCAACUAUCAUCCCGAGGAAAUAGAAAUACAGCAAUGUGGGCGUGCCACAGCCUUGCUGCAAACGCCCGUCUCGAUCUUUGUAGCGCAUCUGCUCAUGUUGGUGGUGACAUUUACGCUGACAAAUGCGUGAUACUAAGUGCAAUGCCACUAAACAACUAAACAUCACAAGCUACAGGUCAAAACAGUGUCGAGCAUAGGUGCAGUGAAAGUACACUUUUCAUACCAUAUAUACCAUAUACAAAAAAGAAUGACUACGAGAAACAACGCAAAAACACUUACAAUAGUUAUGCCAACAAAAAUUCAACAACAAACCCACUAAUUAAUACAACAAAUAAAUGUAUCUACGAGUAUAUUUUAACAAUAGCAACAGUUUUGUCUUAGGGUAUUCAUAUACAAUACAUAUAAGUAUGAGUAUAUAAGUAUGUUUGUGUAAAAUUAAGUUUCUUAAGUUCCGACUUAGACAAAUGUUAUUUGUAGAUAUAUUUUUUAGAGCGGAAAGAAAUUUUAGACGAUUCAUGUAUCGCAUUAAAUGCAGCCCACUUGAUUCAAAAGGCAUAUUUUUAUGUCAGUAAAAGAAAAUCUUUUUUUUUCAUAGAAAUAGAAAAGGCUUAAAAAUACUUUUGAGGAUCAAAAUUACUCCUUUGGAAUUAUAUUCAAAUACUUCUCAAAAUUAUUUUGUACUUUAAUAAUGGUUGUGUAAGCGCGGCAACUCUGUUGUAGUUAUUUCUACAUAACUGUCAGUUUUUGAGGGUCCCACUUAAUGGAUUACAGUGAAAGGCAAAGUAAGAACAAUUUUCCUUGCUUACUAUCAUAGCUUACUUAUUACUUUCAUUUUAAGUAAACAAAACCUUGUCAGAAAAUUUCUUAUUACUAUUCCUAAGCAUUAGCAUCAAAGUCGACUUUUGACAGAUCAGAAUCAGACAAAAAAGCGCUGUUUCCACUAAAAUAUAUAACUUUGUACGCCAUCAGAAGAGAAUAUUGUUUGAGAAUAUUGAUAGGUACCGAAUAUUCGGAUCCCAGUACCUCCAGUUGA